AUGUCGCUCUUUAAAUCACUUUUGUUUUUGACGUCCGCUUCGUCGCUCGUCGCUGCCAUCCCGCUGGUCGAACGAAAUGACACCGACGCUGCUCCUCUUCCCAUCACCAGCGAUGUUGACUGCUCGCCAUCAUCAGCUACUGGUCUGAAGGCCGAGUGCUGGAAGGCUUUGGAUAUGAACAAGUACAUCACCGACUGGGUCGCUGAGAAUGGUACCAAGGCUGAAUGUGACACACUUGGUUUCGCACAGUGCUACCUGCAGUUCAACGGAUUCACUGGCCUCACCUGCAACCUGAUCACCAGCGAUACCUGCCCGCCAUUCUCCACCAAGAACGUUGAGAAGUACGACUCUAACCAGCAGUUCUAUGCCCUCUGGAACAUCUACACCAUCUACCAAUUCUUCAACCAAUACUCUGCCGCUCUUACCAGCGGAGCUUCCCUCGCCGGCCAAACCAUCGACAGCAUCGUCGCCAAGGUCGCUCCCCCCGUUGAGGCCAACACACCUACCAGCGAUCUCAUGAACAUUCUCGGCUCAACACUUGGUAUUGUUUCUAUCUUCACUGGUCUGGUCCCUGGAGAUGCGGGUGUUGCUGUUGGUUUCAUCCGUGGUGGUCUGGCUGCUGCUUUUGACCUUUCUGGCAAGCUUGGCAAGACUCUGGUACAGACGCAAACUGCAAAUAGCCGAUUCAUCCAGCUUGGCGACAUUGGUGCUUCUCUGGCCAAGCUGGUCGAGCAGUACCAGCAGAACCUCCUCGAUACUGUCAAGGAGGUCCAGGGUGACCACACUCUAUUCCUCGCCGCUUGCCAGGAGGGUGGAUUCUCUCAGCGAGUUACCACUUCCCUCACCAUCCAGGCCAGCACCCUGUACCGACAGCUCCAGCUCUUCAUCCUGUCAAACGCUCUCAAGGCCAACGGAAUCGUCUCAUCCCGAAGCACUGGCUACAACGCCCUCGAUGUUGCCAAGAACACCGACGCCAUUUCCUGCGACGGCCUCAGCCCUGGUGGAAACUGCAAUCAGUGGUGGAUCGACGCCGAUGCCGGAAACACUUACGCCCUUCACAACCCCAACGAUUGGAGAAACACCCAGGUUGAGUUGACUCAGGCUAUCCAUGACAACGGCUGGGCCGACCUUGCACAGGUUUUCAAGAUUGAGGAUUGCGCUGGCAAAGGGCCCGAGUUUGACUCUAAGACUCUUGGUGUCACUUGUCUUGCUGCCCAUAACUGGUGCGAGUGGAACUACCAAGACGCGCCUGGAGCUGCUCGAACCGAGGCCCAGUUCAAGAACUGCGAUAACGACAAGGCCUGGGGAACUCUUUGCGGAAGCUUCCAGAACGGACUCGACAUUCCUGAGUCUUAUCUCGGCCCUCUGCUUCUCACUGAUGGUCUGUGGUGCAAGCACUAA